AUGUUUACUAAUGAACAGGUUGAUAGAUUUCACAAAGAUGGCUUUCUUGUUGUUCCUCACUUCUUGUCACAAGCAACCUCGCAACGGCUACUGAAGAUAUCUCACGAAUAUCUUGAACAGAUAGAUCUUUCUAACCACCCGCUAACGCGAUUCACUACCAGUGACAAGGAUCAUCUGGGAGACGAGUACUUUCUCAAUUCAUCGGAUAACAUAUCUUUUUUUUUUGAACCCGAUGCCUUCGCUGACGUAGAUGGUCAUCACAAACUGGUAAAGCCAAAGGAGAGGGCUAUCAAUAAAUUUGGGCAUGGAUUACAUUUGUGUGAUGCGAAUUUUGCUGCAGUAACUAGUGGAAAUGCUGAUGUGUCCGAAAUCGCCAAGGGUUUAGGGUUUCAAAGGCCCAGAGCCUUGCAAUCAAUGGUUCUGUGCAAACAGCCUGAAAUAGGUGGAGCGGUGCCACCUCACCAAGACAGCGUUUUUCUGUAUACCGAUCCUUUGAGUGCAAUAGGUUUCUGGAUUCCCUUAGAAGAUGCAACGCGCGAAAAUGGAUGUCUCAGUUUCGCUCCUGGUUCGCAUCACGACCACCCUGUUACCAAGAGAUUCGUGCGCAGAUUUGACAAAGAAACUGGUGAACAGCUGGAUGGUACCGAGUUCAUCAGUUUGGAAAAUCGAGAACAGAUAGAAAAAGGGUUCGCAAAGGAGGAGAAUCAAAAAUGGGUUAGCGUUGAAUGUAAGGCCGGCGAUCUCGUUUUAAUCCACGGUUCUGUUUUACACAAAAGCGAGGUAAACUCCUCGAAUAAAUCGCGUUUCGCUUAUGCAUUUCAUUUGAUUGAGGACACCGCUGUCUAUGAUAAGUUGAAUUGGCUUCAAUCAAGCGUUAAGUCAAUUUUGUAUUGA